GGGGAAGUGAAUAACUUUCAACCGGCCUAGGAAGCGGGCUCCGGCCUGGUUGCCUCAGCAUCUGGAAUGAGCCCUUCGUUGGGACCAGCCGCAGACGCGUCCGGAAGCCGGUGCUGGUUAAAUGGACCCAGUGACCUUCAAGGAUGUGGCACUGAACUUCACCAAGGAGGAGUGGGCCCUGCUGGGCCCUGAGCAGAGGAAUCUCUACAGAGAAGUCAUGUUGGAAAACUGCAGGCACCUCAUAUCCAUAGAUGGGGUAAUUCAACGAGAAAACAAAGACUCAGUCCCUCGGCGGGACGUUCUUGCUGAAAAGACACUUCAUAAAGCCAACAGACUGUGUCUCGCGAGCAACAAUUCCCAACCCUCCACGUUAGAAGACUCGGAAUGCCACAAAACGGAACCUCACCAGCAGAGGGGACAAAAAUUGAAGCAAGGUGCAGUUGUCCAAGAGAAAAAGUCUCUGGUCUGUGAAUAUCCUGAAAUGAGAGAAAAACUGAAGCCAAGCUCAAAGCCUGUGCCCGCACGGGUUGUAUUCCCAAAGGGACUGAAAACAGGUGUGCAGACAGAUAGAGAUACUCUUAAUUCCACAAGAAAAUAUGUUCCCCAAAAUCUUUCGGAAAAAAAUCGUAUCUUAACAAGUAACCAAAAAGUCUAUAAAAACAACAAAUAUGAUAGAGGAUUGGGGCAGAGCCUCCAGUUGGUUCCAAGUGUGAAUACUCCAACAGAACCGAAAUCAAACACACGGACUGAUGAUCAGAACCAUGCUCUUUGUGUACAUGAUAUAACUUACGUGGGGGUGAACGUUCGCGAAUGGGAUCCAUUUGGGAAAGUCUCCACUGAAGACUGCGUCCUUAGGGCACACAGGACUCGCAUUAAAGAAAAAACGUACAAGUCUGAGGCAUCUGAAAACACCUUUCAAAAGAACUCAGUCCACGCCGUGCGGAUGCAAUCCUAUACGGGAGAGUCGAAUAAUGAGAAUAAUCGAUGUGAGAAAACCUUUGCCAACGUCCCAAAUUCUGAUUCACACGGGAGCACUACCAUUGGAGAGAAAACCUACAAAUGUCAAGAUUGUAAGAAGUCCUAUGUUUAUCAUUCAUUCCUUAUGAGACACAUGAAAAUUCACACCGGAGAGAAACCCUAUGAAUGUGAGAAAUGCGGGAAAGCCUUCCGCUAUUCCUUACACCUUAAUAAACAUUUAAUAAAGCACAUUAUGAAGAAGUCCCAUACAUGUAAGGAAUGUGGGAAAGCCUUCAGCCGGUCCUCAAAACUUAUUGAACAUACAAGGAUGCACACGGGAGAGAAACCCUAUAAGUGUAAGGAAUGUGGAAAAGCCUACAUUAGUAAUUCAGGACUUAAAAGCCAUCUAAAGACUCACGGCUGAAAGAGGCCCUGUGAAUGAAAGGAAUGUGGGAAAAUCUUCAUUUUUCAAAACACUGAAAGGGUAAAGAGGACCUGUUGGUAGGGGGCUCAAUAAGUUAACCUACAGAGGAAAGUCUUCCUUGAACUCAUGUAUCUUACAGAAUUGGGAAAAGUCACACUAAAAAGAAAGCCUGUGCAGAUAAGGUCUGAAAACCUUUUAAUCUUCAUUCAUCUUUAGUAGAUGUUUAUUUUCACACUUAAAGAAAUCUUGUGACUCUAAAGAAUUUGGAAAACCUUUGAUGUUGUGUCAAAUUCAUGGUCCUGCUAAGAACUCACACUGCAGAGACACCCUAUAAGAGUAAGGAAUGUGGGAAAAAAAUCUUGAAACACUCAUUUCUUAAGUUACACAUGAGACCACACCUGGAGAGAGACUCUGAUUGUGAUAGACACGAGAAAGCCUUCAGUUCCAUCUCUUCACUUAUGGGGCACAAAUGAGUACACAGUAGGAGAGAAACACAGUAAAUGUUAUGAUAGCUGCCAGUAUCAUUGUCUCAUCCUUCAAUUGGGACUGAAAUUUGUCAUUUUCCAGUGUUACUUUUCUAAUAAAAUCCUAUAAAAUGAU